AAUUGUUGUAUAUCAUGUACAUUGGACUAGUCAAAUUCAUAUCUUUGGUCUAAAAGUCGUCUUUCAAUUCCAUAGUUUUACAGUUAUCACUGAAAGGAAAUAAGGAAGGAAAAUUUAAAUUUUUUUCAGAUGAUGAGUGAUUUUGAAUGUUUAACUAACUGUUCUAUGAUCGACCCAGAAACCUGCACUAUCUUACAGUCUGGUAAACAGUAUCAAGAGGCUCUUUACGACGAGGAUGGCUGUUUUGAACCUGAACGAUAUUUUCGUGAAAACAACAGUAUAAAUGUUUAUAUUCAGGUUUCUCGAAUUUUCUCGAUCCUGAUUAUUGUCCUUGGAGGGGCUGGGUUCGUGGGAAACCUUAUCUCUAUUCUCAUCUUCUCCAGGCCUGACAUGAGAAACUGUUUUGGACAAAUUCUGAUCUCUCUAAACUUUUUCGACAGUUUACACAUUGGGUUCUCAAUACUGGAAAGUUUAAGGAAUAACUUUGAGAGUUCCUACCCUGAUCUCCUACUGCACAUCUUUCCAUUCUUUCACUACCCUAUGUAUAGGAUGUCGAUGUGUGCGUCUAUCUUCCUUCUGAUUGGAACAGGCGUAGAACGUUAUCUUGCCGUCUGCAGACCUCAUCACUAUCAUACGGUUCAAAAUCAGACAUUCCGAGCUCUCUACUACAUCUUACCCAGCACAAUUGCCGCUAUUCUCAUCAACAUUCCCAGAUUCUUUGAUAUUGAAAUUGCAAAUCUCUGUCUCGAUUUUACUGACUGCGGUUGUGAGAAAAUUGAAAGGUAA